UUCGAGUUGAAAGAGUUAGAAUAACGCUGUUCAAUUUUGCGAAGUUUUCACUGUUUUUCACCUUCUACAUGAAAAAAUAAAUAUUUAUUAACAAUUGAAAAAGUUCUUCUGUUUCGACUAUGUAAGUUGUGUGGCCGAAAUGGAGGAAGUCACUCAAAUAAAGGUAGAAGAGCCUGUUAAACUCGAAACUUUGCCGGUGGAAAAGAAAACUUCACUUGCUAGCAGGAAUCGUUGCACCGGGGAAACAAGAAAAACUUUAACGAACACUCAGAGGGGAGGUUCAGUUGAUGUGAUACACAAACAUGUGACGGAUAUUACUGAUGAAGUUGAAGGUACAGCAGCUUGUGAGGACAUUCCAGCCUUUCGUCCCAGCAACUCGGACGGUUCGCGAAUACACAAAGCCGGUGUUGGCGAGCAUCCACAGAAAAAGUACAUUUGUGAAUUCUGCAACAAGGAAUUUAGUGCAAAAGGAUUUGCGAGUCAUUUGAAAAGUCAUUCUGGAAAAACUUCAGGGAACUUGCUGCUGCUGAAGUUCAAGUGUGACAUAUGUAAGCAACGGUUCUCACGAAAAUUACAUCUUUCGUCGCACAUGAAAACACACCGCUCAGAUUGUCCCUAUAAGUGCUCCAUCUGCGAUGAAAGAUUCUCAUAUUCCGACUAUCUCACAGCCCAUAUGGUCAGUCACAGCGAUGAGCGACCCUUUAAAUGUGACAUUUGUGACAAAUCAUACAAAAGAAGUAAAGCUUUAUUGCGUCAUUUCCGCGAUUCGCACAAUUCCACUCAGCGGUAAGUGGCGUUUAUGGUAAUUUCAAGAAGUAGAAGUCUCAGUUAGUUUUUCGAGUGAACUGGAAACGAAUUUAAUAGGAACAGUGAAACAAAAAUGUUUUGAAAAAGUGCUGAAUAUUGGGCGGGAUCCGAAUUAACCGAAGCAUGUUUGUCUCAAAAAAAUUAAUAAAUAAAUAAAUGAACAAGUUCUCAUAACGUAA